GUUACGAGUGCUCGGAGACCCAAAGAUGGAGAAGGGUCUGCGCGGAUAGUUGCGGUGUAAAAAAGGGUUAAAAGAAGCAAAAUUUACGCAACAGUUUCAGGUUAAAUGGUUGUUUUCUAUUGGUACAUGUUGGACGUAUUUCCCCACCUCCUGACCAACAAUAGGAGUGUUAAAGCUGACGAAAAGCAGCCGGAUGGUGCACUAUUUUUUGACAGGUAGCUAACUUCGGCGCGGUUAGUUUAAGCUAACACCGUGUCCUGUCGUUUGUUGUGAAGCCGUCGUUGGAACAAGAUGGUGGCCUUCUCGGCGGUCAGACCCCUGGUGUCCCAGCUCGUCAGACAAGCCAACAGGAACCACCGGAUAACCCCGGUCAGACGAUGCAACCUCACGGCGUGCUCCAGCAAAUAUGUCCUGUCUCAGAUGCAUCCCAUGUGGCAGGGGCCCCUUGCGGUACCGGGAGGGGACCGUCAGUCCCCCAUAGAUAUCGUCAUGAAGAAGAGUGUCUUUGAUUCGGAGCUCAAGCCUCUGGUGACCACGUACGACCCGAAGACCUGCCAACAAAUCUGGAACAACGGUUACUCCUUCCUGGUCGAAUACGACGACACCACAGACAAGAACACUCUGAGAGGAGGCCCGCUGCAGGACACGUUCAGGCUCUGUCAGUUCCACUUCCACUGGGGGGAGAACAACGACUGGGGGUCCGAGCACACCGUGGACCGACGGCUGUUUCCUGCAGAGCUCCACCUGGUCCACUGGAACGCUGAGCGGUACAGUCUGUUCGAGGAGGCGGUGAUGGAGGACAACGGGCUGGCUGUGAUCGGAGUUUUCCUGAAGGUUGGCAAGAGACACGAGGGCCUGCAGAAGCUGGUUGAUGCUCUGCCUGCGAUCAGACACAAGGACAGCGUAGUCGAGUUUAACCGUUUCGACCCCGGCUGCUUGUUGCCCGCCAACACCGACGACUACUGGACGUACCACGGCUCUCUGACCACGCCCCCUCUGACAGAGUCCGUCACCUGGAUCGUCAUGAAGCAGCACAUCGAAGUCAGCCACGACCAGCUGGCGGUCUUCCGGAGCCUCCUGUUCACCUCAGCCGAGGAGGAAGUACAGAAGAGCAUGGUGAACAACUUCCGUGUGCAGCAGCCUCUGCAUGGUCGCGCCGUGCGCUCCUCCUUCUCUCCCUUCCUGCAGGCGGCGCCAUCAGCCGAAGGCAGCAAGCAGACCCCCUGAGGCCGCAGUAAAACCACUACUUUAUUAGACAGGAUGAAGACUUUUACACAGAGGACUGUUAGAUGAACGUUUUAUUCCUUCUCUUCACCAAUGAGGGGCGGGUGCUGCGGUGUAGAAUGAAGUCUAACGAUUAAUUUUAGUAACAUGAGUUGUAUUUAAUGCACGUCCAGAAGGUUUUAGUGAGGUUCAGCUCAACAUCUCAGCUGCUCCUCCUCAUGAUGAUGAAUUUAUCCUGAGGAGAGCUCCGAGCUGCUCACACCCAGAGCGUGUCUCAAGAAAAACAAUCAUAAAGUUUUUAAAUCUUAGUCACUUUAUAGAUAUCCUGUAUAGUUUUGAUGCAUUUUUGAUUGACAGCAGAGAGAUGAACUGUUACAAAGAGAUUAACCGCGUACGUCUGAUACUCAGAAACAAAUGUUUGAUCUUUUACGGAGUCUUGAAACUAAUUCCUGUGUUACUGAUACGCACAAACAUGUCGGGUUCCUGUAGCUCAGCUCAUUUCCUUCUGGAACAAGAAGGUCUCUAUGCGAAAAUAUUUCAACCUUUGUGCCUUAAAUGUUGGGUUUGAGUCGGUGGCGUCGGCGGUUCACCUUCCGAGCGACCGCCUCCAGCUCGCUGCGGUUUGUUUGUCUCGUUAAUUAAAUGUAGUAAAGCUCCAUUCUAUCGGUGUAGUUUCUUCAGCUGAAGA